AAGAUGGGAGUUGAAGUCCAAACUAUCACUCCUGGCGAUGGAAAAAACUUCCCAAAGAAGGGACAGAGGCUGGAAAUGCACUACACUGGAAAGUUGGCUUCCAACGGUGAAGAGUUUGACUCAUCUUUCAAACGCAACAAACCCUUCCAAUUUGUCAUUGGAGUUGGACAAGUCAUCCGUGGCUGGGAUGAAGGUGUCAUGAAGAUGAGCGUUGGAGAGAAAGCAAAGCUCAUCAUCUCCUCUGACUACGGCUAUGGAAGCCAAGGAGCAGGAGGCGUUAUUCCCCCGAAUGCGGAUCUCAUCUUCGAGGUCGAGCUUCUUCGCAUCAUCGGGUAAACCGUGACGAUAGCCGGAUCGGAACGUACGGUCGUUGGUGCGGCAGGAAGCGUAGACCAGGGCCCGACCGUUGGACUAGCAGUUGCUCCACACAAAGACGCUGACAAGUGAAUAAUACACUCAGAUGAAUGC